AUGUCCAGCCGCAUUUUGACGGCCGACAUUACCCAGGGACCUUUUUCGAUUGCUUCAAAUGCUGCACAGAAUGAGCGAACACGUCUCAUAGACGAUGCGUUAGCCAGUGCCGUAUGGUCACCCCAGGGCAUAGAAGACCAACGACUAAUUACGGUCCAGCGACCACUUCUGUUCCAAGUAUGCAUGGUAGAGAACAUUGGACGGUCAAAAGCAAGUCAAUUGGACGUUAUACGCUCGAGAAUGGACCCUCGAACGCAGCGAGUAGAUCGUGUUAGUACAUCUGCUGACAGACAUUUGGUAACCGCAGUGGACGUCGACACAGAUGCCCCAGUUGAUACGGAAUUAACAGGAGCGGACAAGUCGACAUUCAAACUUACUUUACAGGACAAAACAGGCGCUAUGUACUUUGCAAUCAACAUGUCACCGUUAAACUUUCUGAAAAACGACGGUAGUUCAUGCGUAUUGGGCUCGAAAUUGGUGGUUUUACCGGGGGCGGUAUUCAGUCGUGGUGUGUUUCUGCUGCGGGACAGUAGUGUGACGUUUAUGGGCGGAAUGAUACAGUCUUGGAACCGUGGUCGCGAUCAAAAGAUGUGUACUUAUUUGGAGGCACAUUUGGAAGUCAGUAAAGCGGCUGAAUCCAGUUCUUCACGGAAACGCAAAGCUCCUGCUACCUGA